AUGAUUCCGAAUGGUGGUGGUUUCAAAACGUCGAUGCAGGGUGUUAUAUAUCUCUGUGUAACAGUGCUCUUAUGGUGCAGUUGGCAUAUCGUUGGCAGGAUCAUGGUCAACGAACUUUCGUCUUUAACAAUACUUGCAUUUCGAUGCGUCUUUGCUUGCCCUGUGUUGUUUGCCGUAGCAUGGUUUGCAGAUCCUAUCGGUAUGGGAACUGUACCGAAAAGUUCACUGAGGCAACUGUUCACUCUGGGUCUUUUGUUACUUGGAGGUAAUUCGUAUCUAUUUAUUCUUGGAUUAAAAUGGACGUCAGCAUCAGAAGCAGCACUGACACAACCACUCAUUAUUAUCUUUACUGCAAUAUUUGAAAUGAUAUUUCGUAGGGAAAACAAAACGAACCGACAGUCUAAAACCGUUACGCAUUUGAAAGUGCAAAAAAUUGGAAUAGUUUGUUGUGUAGUGGGUUCCCUAUGGAUUUUAAUCAAUCGAAACCAAGUAGCAUUGCCAAUUAAAUUGCAAUCAUCAUCCAGUUUUGGAUUCCACCGUAUGUUAGGUUUUAUGUGUUUGUUAGGCAAUACACUGUGCUUCAGUGUAUACACAUGUAUGCAAUCUCGUGUCUUGUCAAAUCUUUCUCCUCCAUUAGUGAGUGCCUAUUCAUAUGGUCUUGUGACACCAUUGAUAGUUAUAAUAAAUGUUAUAUCAUGUGGUGCUAAAGGCACUCUGCAAUGGAAGAUGGUUACCAGUUCACAAUGGAUGGGCCUUUUGUAUGUUGGUGUAUUCGCCACUGGAUUAGCCAGUCUCUUGUAUUCCUAUGCGAACAAGUGUCUUCACCCGACAGUAUGCGGACUAUCUGCUGCUUUACAACCGCUUGUAUCAUGCUUAUUAAGUGCUAUAUUUCUUCAAGAACGCUUGUCUUUACAACAAAUAAUUGCAGCUACUUUCAUUAUUGGUGGCGUUACAAUGGUCAUAUUCAACCAGAACGACGAUAGUACAAAAUGUUCAAAAGAAGAAUUAUCAGCAGAAGAUAUUGGUGAAUCAUUUCUAUUCUCAAAGGUUAGAAUGCACCUAAGAAGGAUCCUUAUGUACAUUCUAAUUGCUCUAAUAUGUGUUGCUGUGUAUAUUGGGUCAGUCGAGCAUGCUCAACUGAAGGCCGAAAAUCAUAGCCUUCGUGAUCGGUUAUCACAAUUAGUGAAAAAACAACAAGCGUAUCGAGUACGCUUAGGUGAGGUAUCUUGUGCUUUGCAUGGUGUAGGUCCAACAGGUGGAUUUUGCCGGCAAGCUGGUCGUGCGAGUGAUGGUGGUCAUCAUCUUGAUCAGCAGCUAUGCUUAGAACUAUCACGCUUCUUUUCCGGAUCUACUGUGUAUGAUUUAGGAGCUGGUAUGGGUCAGUACACGAACUGUUUGCGAGAAGUCGGCUCUGUGGAUAGUUUAGCUUUUGACGGCGCAGAAAAUAUCGAAAAUGCCAGUAAUGGUACUGUUCGCUUCAUGGACCUGUCAGAACCACAACCAUGGGAAAUUUUAGGUGUGCGUGACUGGGUUUUAUCAUUGGAAGUAGCAGAACAUAUUCCUGCUUCAUUUGAAUCAACUUACCUACACAAUAUUGAUCAGGCUAACCGAAAAGGUAUUGUUCUCAGCUGGGCAAUUCGCAAUCAACCGGGUUUUCACCACAUCAAUUGUAGAAACAAUUCCGAAGUCAUCAGUAUUCUUACAUCAAUGGGAUAUAAAUAUAACCCACAUCGAUCCGAACAACUUCGAUAUCAGGCCAGUCUUUGGUGGUUUCGUCAAACAAUUAUGAUCUUUUCGCGUGUUAUUCUACAAUAA